UGCUUUGGUUCCUUUCUGAUUCAAUUUCUCUAUUCUCCUGGAAUGACACCACUUCUUUAUACCGGUGAGAUUGCGUUGAAUGCUCGUCGUAUAGAAUUCAACUGAACAACUUUUAGCUUACACGGCAUCCUUAUACCACUGCUUUUCCCACUAAACUCAUAUGGGCACCCAUCAAAGAAUAAUCUUUCUUCUAUUUCAACCAUGUUCUGGCGCUUUUGGGUAGUGGGUGUCGGCAAGUUCGGGUCUUUACGGUGAAAAAAAUUGGUGGGUGACUUGAAAAGUUGAAACUUGGGGUGAAAAAUGAAGAAAAUUAUGGUUUUGCACCUUGUGACAUGGAUUUGGGUGUGCUGUGUUGCUCACAGCAGAAGGCCCAGCAGUGUGAACAUUGGAGCGGUUUUUGCUUUCGAUUCGGUCAUUGGUAGAGUUGCGAAGGAGGCUAUGCAAAUGGCCGUUUCUGAUGUUAAUGCGGAUCCCACAGUUCUCAAGGGAACCAAAUUGAACUUGUUAAUGAAGGAUGCCAUGUGCAAUGCUUUUCUGGGAGCGAUUGGAGCUUUUCAGGUACUUGAGAAAGGGGUUGCUGCCAUAAUUGGUCCACAGUCAUCUGCUGUAGCUCACACGAUUUCUCAAAUUGCUGAUGCUCUUCAAGUUCCCCUUGUUUCAUAUGCUGCCACUGAUCCAACCCUGUCCUCCCUCCAGUUUCCUUAUUUUAUUCGCACUACACAAAGUGACUUGGCACAAAUGACUGCAAUGGCUGAUCUUAUUGACUUUUAUGGAUGGAAAGAGGUCAUUGUUGUAUUCUUGGACGAUGAUUAUGGAAGAAAUGGAAUAUCUGCUUUGAGUGAUGAACUUGAAAAAAGGAGAUUGAAAAUUUCUUAUAAACUGCCUUUGAGUAUUAAGUUUGAUCUGGAUGAAAUCACUAACUUGCUCAAUCAAUCCAAAGUGUUUGGUCCUCGUGUGUAUGUUGUUCAUGUCAACCCUGAUCCAAGAUUGAGAAUUUUUUCCGUUGCCCAUAAACUUCAAAUGAUGGCCCAGGAUUAUGUAUGGCUUGUAACGGAUUGGCUCUCUGCUACACUAGAUUCAUUAUCCCCAGUGAACCAGACUUCUUUUAGUGUUCUCCAAGGGGUUGUUGGUCUUCGUCAACACAUUCCGGAAUCCAGAAAAAAGACAGCUUUUGCUUCUCGAUGGAUAAAAAUGCAGAAAGAAGGAUUAGCAAAUACUAGUUUGACCACCUAUGGAUUUUAUGCUUAUGAUACAGUUUGGGCAGUUGCACGUUCAAUCGAUAAAUUCAUCAAACUACAUAAUAAUAUUACCUUCUUGCUUCAUGAUAACUAUAAGGUAUCUCAUACAGUAGGAAUUGGUAUUAAGCUUGACAAGCUCAAAGUCUUGGCUGGUGGAUCUGAACUGGUUGAAAUACUAUUACAAUCAAAUUUUUCUGGAGUGAGUGGUCAACUUCAGUUUAAUUCUGACAGAAACAUUGUAAGUGGUGGUUAUGAUAUUAUCAAUGUCAAUCGGAUGGCAAUUACUGGGGUUGGUUUUUGGUCUAAUUAUUCAGGAUUUUCAGUUGUACCCCCUGAAACUCUUAAAAAAAGGAAACAUAAUAGGUUUUCGAAAUAUCAGAAGCUAGGCAAUAUUACUUGGCCUGGUGGAAAGACAGAACGACCUCGUGGCUGGGUGAUUGCUGAUAAUACCAAGCCACUGAGAAUUGGAGUGCCGAAAAGAGCAAGUUUUGUUGAAUUUGUAACUGAACUGCAAGACAGUCAUCAAAUUGAGGGGUACUGCAUCGAUGUCUUCAAGAAAGCCCUAGAAUUUAUACCAUAUGAAGUUCCUUAUGUAUUCAAGCCUUUCGGGAAUGGUAAAGCAAAUCCUAAUUAUGAUGCACUUGUGAAAAUGAUUGCUGAAAAUGUAUAUGAUGCAGUUGUUGGAGACAUUGCAAUUGUGACAAACCGUACUAGGAUGGUGGAUUUUUCUCAGCCUUUUGCAUCAUCUAGCCUUGUCAUAGUGGCUCCUAUCAACAGAGCAAGAUCAAAUGCUUGGGUGUUUCUCAAACCAUUUUCAGCAGAUAUGUGGUGUGCCACUGCUGCAUCAUUUAUAGUGGUUGGAGUGGUUAUAUGGAUUCUUGAGCAUCGAGUCAACAAUGACUUCCGUGGUCCUCCUAAGAAGCAACUUGUGACGAUGUUAAUGUUCAGCCUCUCAACGCUGUUUAAGAAAAAUCAGGAAAAUACUGUGAGCUCACUUUCUAAAAUGGUCAUGAUAGUCUGGCUUUUUCUGUUGAUGGUGAUCACGGCUAGCUAUACAGCAAGCUUGACUUCAAUUCUUACAGUGGAGCAGCUUUCAUCGCCCAUCACAGGAAUUGAUAGCUUGAUUAGUAGUAACUGGCCUAUUGGAUUCCAAGUAGGGUCAUUUGCUUACAGCUAUAUGGCAGAAAAUCUUUAUAUACCAAAAUCAAGACUCAUUUCCCUUGGCUCCCCUGAGGAAUAUGCUUUAGCGCUGCAGAAGGGGCCGUCUGGUGGAGGGGUGGCAGCUAUCGUGGAUGAGCUUCCAUAUGUCGAGUUAUUUCUUUCAAAGGAAACUGAUUAUGGUAUUAUUGGUCAGCCAUUCGCCAGAAGCAGUUGGGGAUUUGCUUUUCAAAGAGACUCUCCUCUUGCCUUUGACAUGUCUACAGCAAUUUUGAAACUCUCCGAGCAUGGAGAUCUUCAUAAGAUACAUGAGAAGUGGUUCUGUAAGAUGGGUUGUCCUGAAGAAAGAACAAGCAACUCUAAGUCCAAGCCUGAUCAGCUUCACUUGGUUAGUUUUUGGGGCCUCUAUCUCUCAUGUGGUGUUGUCUCUCUUGCUGCACUUCUGGUGUUUCUGCUGCGAAUGAUUCGCCAAUACGCCCGCUUCAAACAAAGACAAAAGGAUAGUGCUUCAUCAUCGUCAGAAUCACCAAGCAUUCAUUGUUCCCAGGUUUUUGUUAACUUUUUUAACUUCAUUGAUGAGAAGGAAGAGGCCAUCAAGAAAAUGUUCACUCAGUGUGACAAUCAUCACAACCCCAACUGAGAUGAUUAUGGUUGAGUUGCAAAAGGACUCAAAUUUGUAGAUUUCAGUAAACUGCUGUCAUUCAGGUUGCUUGCUUAAUAUGUUUAUAUGAUACGUUAUGGCAUUAUAGUCUUUGUAUAGUGACAAUGAUCUUAGUCUUGUAUAUUAUUUGUAGGAUUAAAUGUUUUUAUUCCUUGAAUUUUUGUAAAUUUUUUACUUUUAACUCCAAAACAAAUUAUUUAGUUUUAGUCCUUAAA